AUGUCCACCGCAACCCUAAGCAUAGCCCGCAUCGACGUCUUCCAAAAAGCCCUCCCCUACUCAGGCGGCACCUACACCCUCUCCAACAACCGCACCUACACCUCCUUCGACGCAACCUUCGUACGCAUCACAACCAACACCGGAAUCUCAGGCUGGGGCGAAAGCACCCCCUUCGGGUCCACCUACAUCGCAGCACAUGGGCUCGGGGUGCGCGCCGCCAUUACCGAAAUCGCACCAAAGCUCAUCGGCCUAGAUCCACGGCGCGUGGACCGCAUUAACGAUGCAAUGGACGAGGCGCUGCUCGGCCAUGAAUCCGCCAAGGCCGCGAUUGAUAUUGCGUGCUGGGACGUCUUUGGGAAGGCCGUUGGGAUGCCUGUUUGUGAGUUGCUGGGUGGGCGGACGGAUGUGGAACUCCCCAUUAUCUCAUCUAUCUAUGUUGGUGAGCCUGAGGAGAUGCGGCGGAGGGUUGCGGACCAUAGGGAGAAGGGGUACGUGGGCCACUCGAUCAAGAUUGACGGGGGGGAUCCUUCGGUGGACGCGCAGCGGAUCACGGCUUGUUUGAAGGAUAAGCAGCCUGGGGAGUUCUUUCUGGUUGAUGGGAACUGCGGACUUAGCGUUGAGACUGUGUUGCGGAUGCUGAGGCUUCUCCCGAGUGAUGCGGGACUGGACUUUGUGCUUGAGGCGCCGUGUGCGACGUGGCGGGAGUGUGUAUCCUUGCGGCGCCGAACGAACGUGCCGAUUUAUUUCGACGAACUUGCGAACUCGGAUGUCUCGAUUGUGCAGAUGAUUGCGGACGAUGCUGUGGAGGGGAUUGGGAUGAAGAUUACGAAGAACGGAGGGCUGACGCGGUGUCGAAGGCAGAGGGAUAUGUGUCUUGCGGCUGGGUAUACGAUGAGUGUGCAGGAUACUGUGGGGUCUGAUAUCUCGUUUGCGGCGAUCGUGCAUAUGGCGCAGUCGGUGCCGGAGAGGAAUCUCAGGUGUGUUCUGGAGGAUCGCGAUAUGGUUACGGUUAAGACGGCGGAUGGGCCGUUUGAGGUUGUUGGGGGGAGGGUUACAGCGCCGGCUUUGCCUGGACUGGGGAUUACGGUGCGCAUGGAUGUUCUUGGGGAGCCUGUGGCUAGUUAUUAUUGA